AUGAACGUGAAUGAGGACUGCGAAAUACAGUUCGAGAGACCAUGGGAACGUACCAGUGAUGAAUAUGAAGAGCAUGGUAUUAUUGGUAAGGGUGCAUAUGGUGUUGUCUAUUUGGUCACUCAUUUACCCACCAAUAAACAGUUUGCACUGAAGAAAAUGAUCGUAAAAAUAACCGACGAUGGUAUUCCGCAGAGCAUUAUUCGAGAAAUAUCUGCAUUAAAAGCUUUGGACCAUCUGAAUCACCCAAAUAUUGUCAAAUUGCACGAUAUUUUUCAUACUUUGUGUAAUGAUAGUGAUAUGUGCUUGAGUAUUGUUUAUGAACGAUGUGAUUGGGAUUUAUAUGAUUUUUUACGUAGAAUACCGCGCGAUAUGGGUGAUGCACAAUGUAGACAUAUUGCUAGACAGAUGAUGUUGGGUUUGGAUUUUUUGCAUGCGAAUCAUGUAAUUCAUCGUGAUUUGAAGCCGCAGAAUAUUUUAAUUAAUCAGGAUCAAACAGUGGUGACUUUAUGGUAUCGAAGUCCAGAAAUACUUCUGCAAUGUCCAUAUAAUUGUGGCGUUGAUAUUUGGGCUGCUGGUUGCAUCAUCGCAGAGUUAUACUCACGACAGCCGCUUUUUCCGGCAGAAACUGAAGCAAAACAACUCAGUGUUAUCUUUCAAAAAUUGGGCACACCUUCGAUAUCUGAUUGGCCACCAAAUGCAGUCGUCGAACGUUCUAAUUACCCGUCGUAUCCGGCUGUACCUUUUGAGAGAAUUGCUCCAAAGUUGCCUCCGGACGCUAUAAAACUAGUAAAAAGUAUGUUGACGUUCAAACCAGAAUUACGACCCUCAAGUGCAGCGGUGCUUCGUUCGGAGUAUAUGCAAAAGAUUCAGCCACUCGUGUUCACUUCCUCACAAAAAUGA